AGUUUUCAAGAUGUAUUACGAGCUAUGCUGGGAACAGAAUUGACAAAUUGAAACCCAAAUAUAACUUCAUUUACAUUUUGAAUUAGCACCAUUUAUUUUCCAUGCCAACCUGGAAUGUCUUUGAUGUGGGUUGGAUUGUUUGAUGAGUAACUUGAGCUCACGGCUUUGUAAGUCUGGCUUAAACAAAACCACAACCAGGUAGGUUGGCGGUGUUAUUGGCAUAAUCAUAAUAUAAUCAUAGUUUAUAUGUUUGAACAAAUACAUUAUUUGGAUGAAUGUUGUGUAGCUAACAAAUUCUUAAGAAAUACAUAACCAUUUACAUAACAAUGACCUUAAUAGCUUUAUAGCUGUAGAGCAUAUCAGAAGUGGUUGGAAGUUUCACCCUUUCAAAAAGUAGAACAUGAUCUUUGAACAUGACCUUUUGGACACUAUGUUCAGAUGCAAUGUUUAAAAUUGCCAAGGUCUCAUUGUUGCUGAUAAGCUCUCACGCUGCACGUGCAUUCACAUGGGCUUUUCACCUACAUACAUAUAUUCAAACAGCGUGAGCUAUAUCCAUUUCCUGAAAGAUUUUCAGAUAAUGCAGAACUUCUAAGCAACCAGCAAGCUUUGCUUUUACUUUGGAGGACGUGUGACAGUCAGAGUCUCCAGGAGAACUGUGGCGGAUUCUUCACGACGCUCAGUAAAACUUACCAGCCAAUUUCCUGUCUGUAGAUGAUGCCUUAAAAGUGCAAUAAAAUCACAUACAGUUUCCUACAGCAUUAUAUUCUCAAAACAUGCCGAGAAUUGUUGUCAAAGAAGAUGUAUCACUCAGCCCUGCUCACAAUUUUGUCGCUGUUAUCUGUUCUAAGUGGGGUCUAUUCUGGUCAGAUUUUGGUAUUUCCAGUUGAUGGAAGCCACUGGAUUAAUAUGAAAGUUCUCAUUGUAGAUUUACAUUCAAAAGGCCACAACAUCACAGUGAUUCGAGGUUCAAACAGUAUGUAUAUUAAAGAGGAGUCACCCUACUACAGUUCAAUCACUGUUGAUAUUGGGGCAUAUGAUGAUGAAUUUUUUACCACUUUUUUGUCCCUUUUGCUACAAAUGAGAAAACACAAAACAUCCUCUUGGGACGAAAUCAUGUUUGGAGUGGAGGUCAUGAAAAAGUUCUCUGAGAUUCAUGAGAAAAUUUGCAACAUGACUGCCAUGAUGUUUGAAAAUGAAACUUUGAUGAAAUCUUUGCAGCAGGCUAAAUUUGACAUGGUUUUAGCUGACCCUGCCAUGGGAGGUGGUAUGCUACUAGCACACAAACUUGGCCUCCCUCUUGUGUUAAAUGUUCGUUGGACUAUUCAUGGAGAGGGCCAUUUUGCCAUUGCUCCCUCCCCCCUGUCUUAUGUACCUGUUCCUGGAGCAGAGCUAACAGACAAAAUGACUUUUAUUCAAAGAGUCAAAAAUGUGUUGAUUUACUUCAUCACUCACUAUCAACAGUCUAAAUAUUUUGGCCAACCUUACAAGGCCUUUUGUCAGAAAUACUUUGGACCCGAUGUGGAUUACUUUUCCAUUUUUCAGAAUGCAGAUAUCUGGCUCAUGAGAAAUGACUUCACUUUUGAAUUUCCACGACCCACAAUGCCAAAUGUAGUCUAUAUGGGUGGUUUCCAAUGCAAGCCCUCCAAUCCACUUCCUGAUGAUCUAGAAAAGUUUGUGCAGAGUUCAGGGAAACAUGGGGUCAUCAUAAUGUCUUUGGGAUCUCUUUUUGGAGAACUUCUAGAUGACAUUACAGAUGAGAUAGCAGCUGCCUUUGCCCAACUGCCUCAGAAAGUCAUUUGGAGACAUACUGGACCUCGACCUUCUACCCUUGGCAACAACACGUUACUAGUGGACUGGAUGCCACAGAAUGACCUACUUGGACACACAAAGACUAAGCUCUUUGUAGCCCAUGGAGGAACCAAUGGUAUUCAGGAAGCUAUUUAUCAUGGUGUUCCCAUUUUAGGUCUACCUCUAGCAUUCGAUCAACCUGAUAACCUGUCAAGGAUGAAAGAAAAGGGAACAGCUAAAGUCCUGGAUAUUUCUGAGUUGGACAGAUCAGUAUUUUUAGAGGCAUUAAAGGAAGUGCUGGAUAAUCCAUCUUACAGAGAGAACAUGCAGAAGUUGUCUCGAUUGCAUCAUGACCAGCCCAUAAAGCCUCUUGAUCAUGCAGUCUUCUGGAUUGAAUUUGUUAUAAGAAAUGGAGGUGCUCCUCACUUGUGCACACAGUCUUUCAGGAUGUCCUGGAUUACCUAUCACUCUGUGGAUGUUAUGCUCACAUUGCUGGUGGCUGUGUUGAUUAGUGGCUGGCUAACAUUUUUGGUACUGCGAUAUCUUUGUUUUAGUGUAAUCUUUAAAAAGAAAAUCAAGUGUGAAUGAUAUAUUUGCUUAUCAUUUGUAGAUAGCAGGAGAAAGAUGUAAUUAUGUGCCUAUGUAUAGGUUAAAAUUAGUAUAGAAGAAUUACAACCCCAAUUCCAAAAAAGUUGGGACGCUGUGUAAAAUAUAAAUAAAAACAGAAUACAAUGAUUUGCAAAUCUCAUAAACCCAUAUGUUGUUCACAAUAGAACAUAUAAAACAUACCAAAUGUUUAAACUUAGGAAAUAUAUAAUUUUAAGAAAAAAAUAAGUCAAUUUUGAAUUUGAUGGCCGCAACACAUCUCAAAAAAGUUGGGACAGGGCAACAAAAAGCUGGGGGGAAAAAAGUGUUACUAAAAAGAAACUAAAAAGUGUUUUCUAUGUUCUAUUGUGAAUAAUGUGUGUUUGUGAGAUUUGCAAAACAUUGUAUUCUGUUUUUAUUUACAUUUUACACAGCAUCCCAAUUUUUUUUUGGAAUUGGAGUUGUAGAACCAUCUACUAAGUUUUCAAUUAUUUACAGAUCUACAAUAAACAUCUACAGUAAACCGAUAAUCUAUGCAGGUUGACAAUGUCUGUGCCCUCUCUAGUGGGAAAGAACAAAAUGUGUUAAAUACAUUUUCCCAACAUUUGUGUUUUCCACAGUUUUCCUCAAAAAACUUUUCUAUUUAAUAUGUGAAAUAUAAAGAGUGCACUAAUACUACUGCACAUGUAUGUAUUGAUCAGCUGAUUGUCCUGAACUUAUCCAUGUAUUUUAACUCAUAUUUUGUCUUUUUUGCCCUCAUGAAGUCCUUUGUGGUGCAGGGAUUCUCUAACCCAAUCCCAAGCAAUAAAUAUUAUAGCAACAGG